AAUAAAAACAAUAAAUCUAUUUCAAAAUAAAAAGGUUUAGACAAGAAAAAAGUCGCCAAAUCCGCCGGCGGGAGAAAAAUUCCGGUGAACCAUUCUUCUUGAUUCUGCAGGGUUUGUGAUUGUGGCUGAUGGGUAGACAACAAAUUAGGGGUUUUGAAUAUUUUUGUGUAUUGAAGAUUGUCUGAAAUGGAAGCAGCUAUUGCUCAGAGGAUUCAGUACCCAUCAUGGGUUGAUUGGAGAGAGUUUGAGGGGAAGUCGCUGCGUGGUUCAUUGCGGUAUUCUCAGCGAGUGAAGGAAGAGAAAAGGUUUAGAGGGCUUGCUUUGGCUCAUUUGCAACCUGAAAGAAGAAAAAGAUCAGUUUCUUCAGAGGUUUUAUGUUCUGAUAACAACUCUUCAGCGUUGUUGGAGGCCGGAAGUGUUUAUCCGUUUGAUGAAGAUCUAAUUCUCAAGAGAAAAGCAGAAGAGGUUAAACCGUUUUUGAAUGGUCGAUCUAUGUACCUUGUUGGAAUGAUGGGUUCUGGGAAAACGACCGUGGGAAAGUUAAUGUCCAAAGUGCUCGGUUAUUCCUUCUUUGACUGCGACUCUUUGAUUGAACAGGCGAUGAAUGGAACUUCUGUUGCAGAGAUAUUUGUGCAUCAUGGAGAGAAUUUUUUUAGAGGAAAGGAGACUGAUGCGCUUAAGAAGCUCUCUUCGAUGUAUCAAGUUGUUGUUUCCACCGGUGGAGGUGCAGUUAUACGACCCAUUAACUGGAAAUAUAUGCAUAAAGGAAUCAGCAUUUGGCUAGAUGUGCCUCUAGAAGCCUUAGCCCAUAGAAUCGCUGCUGUUGGAACUGGUUCACGACCACUGUUACACGAUGAAUCAGGAGAUGCAUACUCAGUGGCUUUCAAACGUCUCUCGACUAUUUGGGAUGAGCGCGGUGAAGCAUACGCAAAUGCAAAUGCCAGAGUCUCCUUGGAAAAUAUUGCAGCCAAGCGUGGCUAUAAAGAUGUCUCAGAUCUCACACCAACUGAAAUCGCUAUCGAGGCCUUUGAGCAAGUUCUGAGCUUUCUAGAGAAAGAAGAAACUAUGGAGAUCCCAGACGGCGACCUCUAAUUUCCCCGCCUCCACUUCUGUCUCUUCAUUUAUAUGUUCAAUCAACUCAAUGAAGCAAUUACUCAUCACCAGGCCAUUGAGCAAGUUCAGAGACAAAGAAAGUCCUCUAGUUACUGGUUCUGGGUCAAUGGAGCUUACACGAGCCAAUUUUGACUGGAUCAAUGCUUUAUUAGAAGAAGAUACAAUACAUGUAUAUAAUACUUAUAAUAAUACUCUUUGUUUCAGUAUCAUUCUUCUUCUCUUUUCCUUGAACAAAAAGAAAAAGUAGCAGUAUUCGUUUUGUUAAGAUGAGCCAGGAACAAGCAAUGUGUACGAACACAAUUUUACUGGUAUUAUUCAAAUCUGAAA